AAUCCCUGAUAGAAGCAUGUUCUCAGUGAUCGGCAUAUCAUCAUAAAACGGGUUUUUUUCCAUGCCUGAGUAGUAAUUGUACUUCAAACCACGGCAUGGAGGUGCCAGUCUCUACAACUAUAUCAACUGAGAAUGUUCACCGCGCAUCAGAAUCUUUCCCUCCGGCUGCUUGUGCUCUCCACUGUCGUCUCCGGUGGUUGGGGUUUUUUUAACACUACGGGCUGCGGUCAUCGAUGUGCGAGCGGCGACUGCAUCCCACUGGACCAGUUAUGCGAUGGCACUGCCAACUGCCAGGACGCCUCGGACGAGACUAAAGCCAUGUGCCAGAAAGUCUGGUGUCCGGGCUAUUCUUUUCGGUGCACUUACGGAGCCUGCAUAGCCAGCACGGCGGUGUGUGACGGCAUAAUGGAUUGCGUGGAUGGCUCGGACGAAGAACGCUGGCUGUGUCGGGCCCAAAUGCAGGAGGCCAACUGCGACCACUGGGAGAUGCAUUGCUCCUCCGGCCAGUGCAUGCCCUACUCCAAGCUGUGCGAUGGCAUCAAGGAUUGCACAGACGGUGAUGAUGAAGACGGAACAUUGUGCGAAGGUGUAACAAAAUCGGAGAAUGAUCCAUCAAGGACCAACUCCACACAGAAGGAGGACGGCUGCCUGGUGCCGGAUUUGCCAAAUGUGAUAAUCAAAAAUUCAAACAAUGCUGUCAUCCAUGCUGGAACAAGGAUUCCCAGAGGCACAUCCAUUUUCUAUGACUGCCCCGCCGAGCAUUCCUUGAAAGGAGAGACCGGCAAUACGUGCCAUGGCUCCAUGUGGAUGAAAAAGUUUCCCUAUUGUGAAACUCCAACCGCAUUCUUCUUUAAUCUGACGAUAUCCUUGUUCUCCCUGUUGAUGGUGAUCCUGGUCUUCUUACUUUGGCGGAUACGCCGGGAAAGUGUGACAAGAAGUCGAAGGCUGCGGGAAGAAAACAUUUGGUUGGUGGAAACCAGUUCCAGUCGUCACACAGAAAGUACUCUGCCAAAGUAUUAG